GGCCCUGCAACAAACAGGGGACGGACUCAGGUGGGCGCUUGGGGAAGAAACCGACCCCGGCGAGCUGAGGUUUCCUACAGGCGUCUGCGGCCCUCUGCACCUCCAUUGCCGGAUCUCGGGCCUGACCCGGGCAGCGCGCCUGGUGUCCAAGGAAGGCGGGGGAGAUGGUCCAGAUGGAGACGCAACUGCAGAGCAUUUUUGAGGAGGUGGUGAAAACGGAAAUUAUAGAAGAGGCUUUCCCUGGCAUGUUUAUGGACACCCCUGAAGAUGAAAAAACAAAACUAAUUAGCUGUUUGGGGGCCUUCAGACAGUUUUGGGGUGGUCUUUCUCAGGAGUCUCACGAACAAUGCAUCCAGUGGAUUGUUAAAUUCAUUCACGGCCAGCAUAGUCCUAAAAGAAUUUCUUUUCUUUAUGACUGCUUAGCAAUGGCGGUCGAGACUGGUCUCCUUCCACCCAGGAUGGUUUGUGAAUCCCUGAUAAACUCUGACACACUUGAAUGGGAAAGAACACAGCUUUGGGCCUUAACAUUUAAACUGGUUCAGAAAAUAAUUGGAGGAGUGGAUUACAAGGGUGUUCGAGAUCUCUUAAAAGUGAUUUUGGAGAAAACCUUAACAAUUCCCAAUACAGUGAGCUCAGCUGUUGUACAGCAGCUUCUUGCAGCAAGAGAGGUUAUAGCAUAUAUCUUGGAAAGAAAUGCUUGUUUAUUACCAGCAUAUUUUGCAGUCACAGAGAUCAGGAAAUUAUAUCCUGAGGGAAAACUUCCACACUGGUUACUCGGAAACCUGGUAUCAGACUUUGUGGAUACCUUCAGGCCCACAGCAAGGAUCAACUCCAUUUGCGGCCGUUGCAGCCUUCUGCCAGUUGUAAAUAACUCAGGUGCCAUUUGUAAUUCAUGGAAAUUGGACCCUGCAACUCUCCGUUUUCCUUUGAAAGGCCUCUUGCCAUAUGAUAAGGAUCUCUUUGAACCACAGACUGCUUUGUUGAGAUAUGUUUUGGAGCAGCCUUAUUCCAGGGAUAUGGUCUGCAAUAUGCUAGGUUUAAAUAAGCAGACCUUGAACAUUGCUCAGCACAAGCAGCGCUGCCCUGUGCUGGAGGACCAGUUGGUGGAUCUGGUGGUUUAUGCCAUGGAGCGAUCGGAGACCGAGGAGAAGUUUGAUGAUGGGGGAACAAGCCAACUCCUCUGGCAGCAUCUCUCGAGCCAGCUCAUUUUCUUUGUGCUUUUCCAGUUUGCAAGUUUUCCACAUAUGGUCCUUUCUCUUCAUCAGAAGUUAGCAGGGCGAGGACUGAUUAAAGGCAGAGAUCAUCUGAUGUGGGUUCUCUUGCAAUUCAUUUCUGGAAGUAUUCAGAAAAAUGCACUAGCUGAUUUUCUCCCUGUCAUGAAGCUCUUUGACCUUCUGUACCCAGAAAAAGAAUUUAUCCCAGUUCCUGACAUUAACAAACCCCAGUCAACUCAUGCCUUUGCAAUGACCUGCAUUUGGAUUCACCUCAAUAGAAAAGCCCAAAAUGACAACUCCAAGCUACAGAUUCCAAUACCUCAUUCCCUAAAGCUUCACCAUGAGUUCCUGCAGCAGAGUCUUAGAAAUAAAAGUUUACAGAUGAAUGACUAUAAGAUCGCCCUGCUGUGUAAUGCAUACUCUACAAAUUCAGAAUGUUUUACAUUACCCAUGGGAGCUCUGGUAGAAACUAUUUAUGGAAAUGGAAUUAUGAGGAUACCUCUUCCUGGAACGAGCUGUUUGGCUUCAGGAUCUAUUACUCCCUUACCAAUGAACCUCCUGGAUUCACUGACAGUUCAUGCCAAAAUGAGCCUUAUCCACAGCAUUGCUACCAGAGUGAUAAAACUUGCUCAUGCAAAGUCCAGUGUGGCCUUGGCUCCAGCCCUAGUGGAAACGUACAGCCGUUUAUUGGUCUAUAUGGAAAUAGAGUCUCUGGGCAUCAAAGGAUUUAUCAGUCAGCUUCUGCCAACUGUUUUCAAGUCUCAUGCCUGGGGAAUCUUGCACACGCUUCUUGAGAUGUUCAGCUACCGGAUGCACCACAUUCAGCCUCAUUACAGAGUUCAGCUCCUGAGUCAUCUUCAUACUUUGGCUGCAGUUGCACAAACAAACCAGAACCAGCUUCAUCUCUGUGUUGAGAGCACUGCACUCAGGCUUAUAACGGCAUUAGGUAGCUCGGAGGUACAGCCACAGUUUACACGCUUCCUUAGCGAUCCCAAAACGGUGCUUUCAGCGGAAUCUGAAGAACUGAACCGCGCCCUGAUAUUGACCUUAGCUAGAGCAACUCACGUAACAGAUUUUUUUACAGGCUCUGAUUCAAUUCAGGGAACUUGGUGUAAAGACAUCCUUCAGACCAUCAUGAGUUUUACUCCUCAUAAUUGGGCUUCACACACUCUUAGUUGUUUUCCAGGCCCACUGCAGGCAUUCUUUAAACAAAAUAAUGUACCUCAGGAAAGCCGUUUUAAUCUGAAAAAAAACGUGGAGGAGGAGUAUAGGAAGUGGAAGUCAAUGACGAAUGAAAAUGACAUCAUUACCCACUUUUCUGCACAGCGCUCUCCUCCUCUCUUCCUUUGUCUUCUCUGGAAAAUGCUCCUGGAAACAGAUCAUAUUAAUCAGAUUGGCUAUAGAGUGUUAGAGAGAAUUGGAGCUCGGGCCUUGGUAGUCCAUGUGAGAACAUUUGCAGAUUUCCUGGUAUAUGAGUUCUCUACAUCAGCUGGGGGUCAGCAACUCAACAAAUGCAUUGAAAUUCUUAAUGACAUGGUAUGGAAGUACAACAUUGUUACAUUGGACAGAUUAAUUCUCUGCCUGGCCAUGCGUAGUCAUGAAGGGAAUGAAGCCCAGGUUUGUUAUUUCAUAAUUCAGUUGCUGUUGCUCAAACCAAAUGAUUUUAGAAAUCGAGUAAGUGACUUUGUGAAGGAAAAUUCCCCAGAACACUGGCUACAGAAUGACUGGCACACCAAGCACAUGAAUUAUCACAAGAAAUAUCCGGAGAAGCUCUAUUUUGAGGGCCUGGCAGAGCAGGUCGAUCCUCCUGUGCCGAUCCAGUCUCCGUAUCUGCCCAUCUAUUUUGGAAAUGUGUGUCUCCGAUUCCUUCCAGUAUUUGAUAUAGUAAUCCACAGAUUUUUAGAGUUGCUCCCAGUAUCCAAGUCAUUGGAGACUCUACUAGAUCACCUGGGAGGCUUAUAUAAAUUUCAUGAUCGUCCAGUGACCUAUUUGUAUAACACUCUGCACUAUUAUGAAAUGCACCUGAGAAAUCGCGAAAGUCUCAAACGAAAACUUGUCCAUGCAAUCAUUGGGUCGCUCAAGGAUAAUCGACCACAGGGCUGGUGUCUAAGUGACACUUACCUGAAAUGUGCUAUGAAUGCACGAGAAGACAAUCCCUGGGUCCCAGAUGACUCCUACUAUUGCAAAUUGAUUGGCAGACUAGUAGAUACAAUGGCUGGCAAAUCUCCUGGUCCAUUCCCAAACUGUGACUGGAGAUUCAAUGAGUUUCCCAACCCCGCUGCCCACGCACUGCAUGUUACUUGUGUGGAGCUCAUGGCCUUGGCUGUUUCAGGCCAAGAUGUUGGAAAUGCUCUUCUAAAUGUUGUCCUGAAAAGUCAGCCUUUAGUGCCAAGAGAGAACAUUACAGCAUGGAUGAAUGCAAUUGGAUUGAUCAUCACUGCCCUACCAGAGCCGUAUUGGAUUGUCCUUCAUGAUCGAAUUGUGAGUGUUAUCAGCAGUCCCAGCCUGACGUCUGAGACAGAGUGGGUCGGCUAUCCUUUCCGCCUCUUUGAUUUCACUGCCUGUCACCAGUCCUACUCUGAGAUGAGCUGCAGCUACACACUAGCUCUGGCACACGCGGUGUGGCACCAUUCUAGCAUCGGGCAGCUUUCUCUCAUUCCCAAGUUUCUCACUGAAGUACUUCUUCCUAUAGUGAAGACUGAGUUCCAGUUGCUUUAUGUGUACCAUCUCGUGGGACCAUUUUUACAAAGAUUUCAGCAAGAGAGAACUCGAUGUAUGAUAGAGAUUGGUGUGGCAUUUUAUGACAUGUUGCUGAAUGUAGACCAGUGUAGCACCCACUUAAACUACAUGGAUCCCAUCUGUGACUUCCUGUAUCAUAUGAAGUACAUGUUUACUGGUGACAGUGUGAAAGAGCAAGUAGAGAAGAUUAUCUGUAAUUUAAAACCAGCUUUAAAACUUCGUCUUCGAUUCAUCACUCACAUUAGCAAGAUGGAACCGGCUGCAGUGCCUCCACAAGCCAUCAAUAGCGGGUCUCCAGCACCUCAGUCUAAUCAGGUGCCAGUGUCUCUACCAGUGACUCAGUGAAGUCAGGGUGUGCUGUGGUGAAAACGGACUCGAAUCUAUUAAAUCUGAACAUGAUCGCGCUACAUAGUGGUGGAGUAGAGGCAGUGAUGUUCAGAUUGUUUUAUUCUGAUUCAAGUGGUGAAUCUGUUGACUUCCAACUCCCAUCUCCCUAUAUUUUUGUCUCUAAGAGAUAAAGUAAGCUGCACGUUGUUCAUAUCCACAACAAUGUACUAGAGCUACCUAGGAAUGGGGACAUAUCUGAUCAAAUGACUUUUACUAGGCACUCUCAAUCUUUCCUAUCUUGGCCAUUGUUUUUUUUUUUUUAGUAUUAAUGACUUAUUCAGUCUUAAUACACUGUUUUAAAGGCACCACACAUGUAAAAUAGUUAUUACAAAUCCUUUUAUACAUAAAUCUCUUUUGGUGUAUCUGGGAUAAGAGAUUUUUGUCAAGUAAAGGACUCUAGAUUUCAUUGCAUUACUGGAGCAAAUAGGUUCAUAUUCUCUUUAAAAUGGCUUAAAUUUUUUAUCAUAGAUUUCCAAGUAAAUGGGCUAACAUUUCUAGUGUAGAUUGGCAAGUUUUUGCCUUUGCCGUGGACUUGAACUUACUAUAUGAAAUGAGUUGGAAGUCAUGUAAGAAAAUAACAUAGCUAGAAAUGCAUAAACUUAAUAAAAUCAUCCUUAAGUGGUGAUUCUUUCAUCUCUGUUUUUAAAAAUAAAUCAAUUGCUUUUCCAGGUUGACACUUUUACCUGACAAAUGAUGUGAUUCUUUGAAUUUUUAUAGUCUUAAGGCUUUUAAGUAUUUAUAUUUUUAAAUAUCAUGUACAUUUUGGUUCUUUGGAGUUUAUUAGAUUUUGAGAGACAUACUGUUAAUGAGGGGGGUGGCAUUAAGAUUGUAAAAGAGCUGAAAAAUAAUUAGUAAAAUCUGUUGAAAGAAUAAACUGUCUGAUUAAUUACUCAGUUUGAAUGGGCAUCUGCUGUGUGCCAGGCAGUGUACUGGCUGGAUUAGAACAGAGAACUGAGCUACUGCCAUGGGUUGUACACUGUAGUUGGUGACUGACAUUGACCUAGGAAUUAAGAGGUACAUAUUUUUUAAAAAAGAAUUAGUGAAGUUUAACCAACUGUACUUCAAAUUUUUAUUUCCAAAUACAUUCCUCCUAGACCUUCAUCUUCUUCAGGUUUCAUAUUAUCAUAAUCACUAAAUGUUUAUUUGUCAUGCAAGGACAGCUUAAAAUUUAUAUAAUGGUAUAAGCAAUUUUUCUAAGCUAAUAAUAUUCUUAAAAUUCUCCAGAAAUUUUUUUUUUUUUUUUUUUUUUUUUAUUUAUUUUUGGCUGUGUUGGGUCUUCGGUUCGUGCGAGGGCUUUCUCCGGUUACGGCAAGCGGGGGCCACUCUUCAUCGCGGUGCGGGGACCGCUCUUCAUCGCGGUGCGCGGGCCUUUCACUAUCGCGGCCCCUCCCGUUGCGGGGCACAGGCUCCAGACGCGCAGGCUCAGCAGCUGUGGCUCACGGGCCCAGCCGCUCCGCGGCACGUGGGAUCCUCCCAGACCAGGGCCCGAACCUGCGCCCCCCGCAUUAGCAGGCAGACUCUCAACCACUGCGCCACCAGGGAAGCCCCUCCAGAAAUUUUAUGCUAGAAAUGAUUUCAAGUAUAACUCUUAACCUAGUCUCAAUAUAUUCUUGCUGCCUCAAGGACUAUAUUGCUUUGAGAUCCUAGAAUGGGAAUAAUUGUAACACUGGUAUUAUACAACCAUAAUAAAGGGAAAUGAAAAUCAAUAUCACUUUCUUAAGGACAUAUACAUUCCAAUUAAUUUUAUUAAAAAUUCAAUUUUUCCUCUCUAGCUUAAAAAAAAAAUGGGAAUAUGUUUUUCCCCAAUAGGCUUUUAAGAGAUUAUUAUUAUUAAUCAGAGACAUUAAUAAAUACAGAAGCUUUACGUGUUUAGAAUGCAGCUGAGGAAAAAAUAUUUAUAUCCAUUACAUCCUAAAAUUUUUCUUUUUGAAAACUAAUAGUAACUUUAGAGUAGCUAUGUUCACUAGGCAUUUCUGCAAUGGUAGAAAUAGUCUAUAUCUGUGCUGUACAGUACAGUAGUUAGUAGCUCCAUGUGCCUGUUGAGCACUUGAAAUGUGGAACUGAAUUUGUUAUUUUGUUAAGCUUUAAUUAAUUUAGCCACCUGUGGCUGCUGUAUUGGAUAAUGUUUUCUAGAGUAAGAUCCAUUAUAAUUGCUCUUACCUAAAAGUCAUUCAGUAAAAUAUUUAUCCUACAAAGUCCAUAGUGUCAACAGGUUUAAAAUUCUGGGUUGCAGGCAAAAAAUCAGAUGGUAGAGGCUUUUUAACACAUAAAGCAAUUAUAACAAGAACAACAAUAAAAAUUCUUUAACAGAGCCUGCUUCAUUACCGAGUCCACUUUGAGUUCUAUAUAAGUUAGAGAAAAGGGGAGGAGUUUGCUUCCCUUGUUUUGAUUAUAGUUUAUUCUAAUUUAUUUUUCCACUUCCUUCACUAUAUAACAGCCGAGCUGAGUUUUUAGGAUGUUUAGGAGUUCAACAAAUGAGACACACUGUAAUUGCAAUGAGUGAAAGUUGGGGCAUUUGGAAGCCACAAAUAAUUUUAGGUGAAAUCCCGAUCUGAAUUAGCGUAUCUUAGAAAUAAAAUAGCAGUUUGAUUUCUUUCCUCUUUCCCAAAAGACUAUCAUCUGAAUAGCAGUCAUGCUUAAAAUAUCAACCAAUAUCAUGUUUGAGGCUUAAAAAAAGUAAAACAUGGUCAUCUAACAAUAAUGAAGUUGGAGACUGCCCAAGCCUUAUGAUUACUCAUUUUAUAGAUGAAGGAACCAGAGCCAGAGAGUUUAAAUAACUUCACCAAGGUCUUACAGUGUUUUGGGGCUAAUGAUUUCACUGUGGCUUUUUAAUAUUUAUAGUAGUCUUAAGCAGGAUGUGUGUGUAUCUAUGUCUGUGUGUGUGUGUUUUGCAUGUAUUUAGAAACCUAUGUAGCAGUAACAAUCUUACAAAGAGAUAAAGAGAAAAGAAGUUUCUAGGGAUUACAGCUUUGAACAACAUGGAUAUAUGGUCCCUUUUCAGGUUGGGUAGCUUUAUCUCCUGAAAUCAAGAGUUCCACUCUAUGUGCGGGGGCUGAUAUAGGUGUUUAUUUUUAAUGCCAGCACAUUUUUAUUUGGAAAUGAAUGUGUAUUUCUCUAACGAUAAGGCUUUUGCCAAAAUGGGAAUAUAAGCUUUUUAAUUUCACAAAAGUUAGCAUUUCCAUAUCUUGAAUUUCAUACCAAGAGGGAAUUUAUACAGUUUAUACUAAUUGUACUAAUUUUUACCAAGGUAAAACAUUUUUCUGAAAGACCAAAUCUUUGGGAGGGUAACUAGAAGUUUAAACUAGUGGAUUUGCUAAUUAUGUCGUUAACUGUGAGAUUUUUCUAUGACAUUUCCAUGUUUACUUAGGCAGGUUAAGGUAAUCAGUAGGCUUAUGGUUACCCUCCCGAGCAACUCCAAAA